AUGCUAAUACAUCCUAGAAACGAAACUACUUCGUCCCAGGCAGACGACUAUCCGAACUUCAAUCUCGGCUCCUACCACCGACCCAUCGCCACAUCCUCCCCCGACGCCCAGCGAUGGUUAGACCGCGGUCUCCUCUGGUCCUACUCCUUUAGUCAUGGCGAAGCAGCACGAUGCUUCGAACGAGCAGUUGAAUGCGACCCCACCUGCGCGCUAGCCUACUGGGGCAUCGCAUAUGCCAUCGGACCAAGUUACAAUAUAGCCUGGGGCUUCUUCGAUAUCCCUAGUCUGCUAGCCACCGUACAAAAGGCAUGGGACGCGCUUGAAGCUGCCCAGAAACAUGCCACUCAGGCCUCUCCACUCUUCCACAUGCUGCUGAAAGCUAUCGCUACCCGGUUUCCAACCCUGGACAACAUCCCCACUCCUACCGAGAUGAGACAGUAUAACCAGGCCUAUGCAGAUGCUAUGCGCGUCGUGUAUGAGGCGUACCCAGACGAUCUCGACGUGGCAUCAUUGUUCAUAGGGGCGCUUAUCUGCGUCAAUCCGCGCGAGCUGUGGGAUAUGAACAACGGUGAAGCGAGCAGCGCACAUACUCUUGAGGCAAAGGCGGCAAUUGAUACUGCCAUGGCAUUUCCGGAGGGUCGGGACCAUCCUGCCCUGUGCCAUCUUUACAUCCAUCUCAUGGAGAUGUCAGCUACCCCGGAGGUGGCCCUGCCUGCUGCGGAUAGACUGCGUCGAAUGACUCCGGAUGCGUCGCAUAUGGUGCAUAUGCCCGCGCACAUUGACAUGGCUGUUGGGGAUUACCGCCGUGCAAUUGUCUCCAGCGAUGAUGCUAUCGUAGCUGAUGACAUGUUCUUCAAGACACUGGAGGCAUCGCCGUUGUAUGUCGCGUACCGGGUACAUAACAUUGUCACGAAGCUGUACUGCGCUCUGAUGUCUGGUCGGUCGCGAGAAGCCAUGUUGGCUGCAGAUAAGCUGGACGAGGUAGUUAAUACUAAAAUGCUAGCUACUAAAUCUCCCCCAAUGGCAGAUUGGACAGAAAGUUUCCUGGGCAGUCACGCACAUGUCCUGGUGCGAUUUGGUCGCUGGGAAGAAAUCCUGCAAUUAGAACUGCCAGCACCACAGGACCGGGCCUUAUAUUGCUGCAAGACAGCCAACAUUCUUUACGCCAGGGGUCUCGCCUUCAGCGCUCUUGGACGUAUUCGGGAAGCAGAAGUCGCCCGAGAGGAGUUUGAGGAGGCGCGCAAGCGGGUCCCGAGAUCCCGGAUAAAUAAUUUGCCUGUUCGGCAGGUCGAUUUCCUUUCCAUCGCAUCGAAGAUGCUCGCAGGUGAGUUGGAGUACCGCAAGGGGAAUAUUCGAGUAGCUUUUGCGACACUGCGUCGGGCGAUUGUGCUAGAAGAUGGCCUGGCGUACUGUGACUCGCCGGCGUGGAUGCAGCCCGUGCGGCAUGCCCUAGGUGGGUUGCUGCUGGAGCAGAAGCGGGUCCCCGAGGCGGAGCAGGUCUUUCGGGAGGACCUGGGCAUGGCACGGGGGUUUCCGCGGCGUAAGGGUCGGCUGAACAAUGUGUGGGGGUUGCAUGGGCUGCAUGAGUGUCUGGUGGCUUCUGGGAAGAUGGAUGAGGCUCGUGUUAUCCAGGUGCAGCUGGAUAUUGCGAUGGGAUCGGCUGAUGUGCCUAUCACAACCUCGUGUUAUUGUAGGUUGUCUGCGGUUAAUGGAAAGGGAUGCUGUGCUCGACUUUAG